UCCGUAGUCGUAGUCGGGCCACGAGUCGAGCGAUGUCGUGUGAUCGACCCUUCUCGUCGGCCGCGUUUCUUUUCUCUGCGCUGGUACCUGGAUUAAAUUCGACCGAGUGUUUGUUCCGGGGCCACAGCUGUGCGUGUUACUAAAUUCGGUGACAGGGGACGAGCAUGCGAGCCCGCACGUUUCGUCCCUUCCUCGAAACAACGAUAAAUGGAAGAUAGAAAGUAAGCCGAACUGGGCGCAGACUGGUCGCUCCCAGGCAAACGCUGCUGCUGCUGCUGCUGCUGCUGUGGAACACGUGUUAUUCGUAUAUCCAUACGUGUCGCCACACGCAGAGCUGCACCGUGUCAUCGGAUGUCGAACGAGUAUCAACCAGGGGGGCAUGACGUUCGCGGGAGUGUGUUUGUUUCUCAGUUUCUAGCAGUGGAUACGGUGAACCGUGUGAUAAUAAACACGAAGAAAAUAGUAACGACGUGCAAUCGACGUGUACGAAGGAUCGAGCCCUGUGAACCGUGCAUCGUCGACGGAGACAAGAGCGGUGUCCUGAUCGGUGUUUUCGGUUCUCGUGGCGACGCCAAAAGACCAGGAAGAAUUUAUACGUCGGCGAGUUUCAAAGCGUAAAAAGAAGAUAAAAGGAGGAAAGUGGCGGUACAAGAAACCUGGAAAGAAAGUGUGCGCAGCGUUUGUGGAUGCAUGAGGGUCUCAUGGCUACCGGAUUGGUAAAGUGGUGGCGGACAAGGUUCCUCGCUGGCUACAGACCCUUUUCUGUCGUUGGUAAUACUGAAGGCAGCGACUCGGAGGAACUUCUUGCUAGCAUCUCGGCGCCUUGUAGCGGUUCGCCAUCGGAAUCCAAGCCAAUUUUGCUAGAAACGGAAGCGCCGCAGGUCGCGGUCGACGCUUCCACCAGCCCUACGCCGGCGACCGGAAAUGACGAGCAGCCGACUGUUACUACCACGAAGCAACUCAGCUUCGAGGAAUUCGAGUGCGAUGUAUCGGUGGCGGAGGGCGACAGAAGGAGGCAAGAAUUUUCGUUCACCCUGUACGACUUCGACGGCCACGGGAAGAUAACAAAGGACGACAUAGCUGGCCUGGUCACGACCAUUUACGAUACCCUGGGCGCUUCCAUCCAGGUACCUCCGUGCGGCAGCAAGACGAUUAAGGUGAAAUUGACGGUGUCGCCAGAUCAGAGGGGCACCCAGACGCGAGCCGGCUGUCCCAACGCUUCGUCGCAGCCUGCUGCGACUAGCUUUUCCGGAAAUUCGUCCUGCUGCCAUUUGAAGCACGCGUCCUGUAACAAUGCCGCGACCCACACCGCCGCACACGGUUUACGCAGAGUUCCUAGAAGGCGGAGAGUGCCACGACACCGUUGCCAGACCGAACAAAAGGAAGUGGAUACUCACAGCGAGGAUGACGGUGAAAUCGCGCGAACGAAUCGAAUAAAGCAGGAGGAAUUACGCAGAAGGGUGGGGCCCUUGCCUCAUUUACCAUCGCCCUAUUCCAAUAGCUCCGAGGGUGAUAUUAGCGAUGACAGCGAUGUUUCCCCCGCAGUUUCCCCCUUGACGCCUCUCCUCACGACUAAUCAGCGAAAACGCAGCGGCGCCUUACAAAGGCAACAGCUCUUGGAAAUUAUUCAGGCGAACAUGGAAAAGAAUAAUCUCAGUUUUCAUACGUCAAGGAAACGGCAUCAGAACGAACAAUCGCGCAUUCCACCUCAAACUCCCCACGUCGAGUCAUCGACCCACCACAACGCUCAAGACUGUCGUUCUCCGACGGAAGCUCGACCCGCAACGGAACCUCGACCCGCAACGAUGGCGUACGUGAAGCCAACGCGGGAAAAGCUUCAAGGUUUCACGUCCUUCUCCAAGGUACCUGCGAAAUCAAGGGCGAAUCUACGAAAAACACGGCCGCAGUACGGGCUUCAGAGGAACAAUACCACGGCGCAACCACCGCGGGCUUACGUUCAGCCGCAGGUUCUACCGCGUACCGUGAUCAGUCCGAACGUCUAUACGGACCAACAGACCACGGCCAACGCGAACCGGAACGUUGGAAACCUACUGCCAAAUCCGCAGCAUCCAGCCAAUCCGGCUCCGACGAGCAAUCACAAUACUCCGCGUAACGAAACGCAAUUCAGUCAAUCGCAGCAAUGCGGUAAAUCGAGUAAAAAGCAUCAGCUGAAACACGCGACCAGAGAACAGGACCAGGCCAGAGCCAUGGUCCAAGUGGUUCGCUGGCUGGAACGAGAGUUCUCGCAGAACGCUGCUGCGAACUCCGGUCGAAAACACGUUCACGAACAUAUUCAUCAUCACUAUCAUCAUUAUCACACCGAGGCUCUUGUUUGAUCCGUUUGUCUUCGCGCGAGGAGAUCGAGAUAUCUUAGGGACCCCCUUGACCCUAGACUGAUAGGACGAACUCGAAACGACCUACGCCAUUUUCUCGAAACGUUUCAUUCGGGCAUGUUGAACUCAUCUUAUUUUACCAUGUCGCGGGUUGCAGACGUACAAGUCUUUAGAAGACGGUAAGUCUUCGAUUUACGUGAUUAGUUUUUUUCUCUAGAGCUUCCUGUAAGUCGAAUUGUAUAUGUACGAUGUCUUACAAGCAAAAAGAAUGAUCAGUCCUUAAUCUAAGACUGAUUUUUUCUUUUUCUUUCUAUAACACAUUUGGUAUACAGUCUUCGUUAGAAAAAUGGGAAAACGCGAAUUCUAAACAUUCAAAUAGUCCAGCAACAACAAAAAAUAAUGAUUAUUUUCGAAUUCCUUUUGAAAUAGUGUUUUUCGACGAAUCGUAAACAACUUCUUAUUUUCUUAUUUCUUCUGAUAAGAACGAUAAGAUACGAUAAGAAGUUCUGACGACUGCCCUUUUUUUUUUUUUUACUCUUUCUAUAAAAGAUAUUUUCGAACUCAGUUUGUAUAUAGUCGCUCGUCGAUGGACCAAAGUGAACUCGUUUGGUUUUUAGAAAUGGUAAUAGAAGCAGACGUAAACCAUUUUGGAACGUCAACGACCUAAGCACAAGUAGGUUAUCGAGAAGUUUUAUUCUUGAGGUAUGUAAUCGUGUUCAUCUUAUCAUGUAGGAAUCGUUAAUUAUUUAAUAUAUGGUAUAGGCUGAUCCAUUUUUUUUUUUUACGGAUCUCCAAAGUAAAUGAAAGUGCGACCGAUUAUUUUCAUCUUUUCGUAAUAGUAUUAUGAAAAAGAUCUAAGACGAUACCAAUGAUCUAUAAUGCAGCGCACACUACCAAUUCAAAAUUUUCGAUUUAUUAUCGUAACUGUAUUUUAUUCUCCAUUCAUGCACAUGCUAUGGCGUUGCAAUUUUCAAAAACUUUUUUUUUUAUAUUUUAUUAAAUUACAGUCAUGUACAAGAAGCGACAAUUCGCUGUGGACGUUUAGCUAUGUGUUUUAGUACAAAAUAUGGGGAUCCAUUUUUUUUCUUUUUCGCAAACAAUCUUUUUCGUUUCGACUCGAUCGAUAUACACGCAACGUUUACUAUACAAUUUAUUCGAUCUAUUUAUAAGAAACGCUGACAUUUUAUACAAAACAGUAUUAGCGCGUAACAGUAAUGUAAUCGCUAUACAGUUGCCUAUGAUAUCGACAUCCGAAUAAAAUUUCUGAGGAGUUAUGUAUACGUAUGUAAAAUGCACAUUCACGAAAGCUAGAGAUAUUUUAGACUCGUGACGUUCAACGAUACAGGAGCGAAGAAACCGUUAUACUUACGUAAGUGAUAAAGUGCUUUUCUAACUUGAGCUUCCUUGCUGAAAGUUUGGAUAAAUUUAAGCAGAGGUGCCUGCUAACUUUCUUCAUAGACGCUAUCCGUUCUAAAAUACUUCCAUGAAUUUCCUUUGCAUACUUCUUUCGGACCAUAACUCUGCACACGUGUGUAUUAUUUAUUACACAGAAUCGCGGUACAAGCAAAACAUAGGUAAACAUUUUAAUUGAGAUAUGGAAGGCAUUGGGUAAUUCCAAAAGUCUCGAAGCGAUAUUUACCGAAGAUUUUCGUUUACUGGGCCACGCCCUAGUUUAAAGAAACUUGAUCGACCUUACUUUUCAGUGGCCUUGAGAGUAUCCAGUUGACUUGGCCGCAACUAUAGACACGCUCAACGAGUUGAAUUUGCGUAUCUUAUAUUCCAAAUCUUAAUGUACCUUUUUACGAUAACUUUAAACGAAGAAUAUUGAUUAUAUAUAUAUAUAUUUUUUUUGUAUAAACGAUUCAUACCACCAGUAGAAUUUUGUAAUUACCCAAUAUCUUCUCUGUUUGAAUAUUCACCGCUACAAUUUUUACAAGUACCGGUGAUGAAAAUCUCUUGUAAAAAUUGCAGCACAAAUCGAUGGUGCUCUCAUAUUCCAACGAUUACAAUAGUUUAUUCCGUAAUGACGUUAAUAAUUCUUUCAUUGUAUUUAUACGAUGUUUCUGGACAAUACAAGAAAGUAUUAAUGUAAUGUAAUUAUAAGGACGCAAUCGUGAAAUUUACAUUUGAUCUGAACUUUAUGAUAUUAUUUGUUAACCUUUAUAUUUUUGUCUUAAUUUUAUCG